AAGUCAGUCUGCCUCCCAGUGUCAUUCGGUGUCAUUGUCAUUAGCUCCAUUAAAUCAAUAUGCUCUGGAUAAAACACAGAGCUAGUUAUGGGCCCUCUGAGGCUCUGAAGCUAAAAAUACAUCAUGGUCAAGUUACAGAAAAUCGACUCGUGCUGCUGUGUGCCCGCGUCCUUCUACUAAGCGCUAGAAUGAAACCGAUGAUUCAGCCAGUCUUUACUUUGAUAUUAAGAGGUCGCCUCAUCCGAGACAUUUUAUUCGGAAAAUGAUAUCAACUCUCCUCUGCGUGAAACGUAACACAUUGUUGAUAUAAUACACCUUUGGAAAAACAGCUGACAAUCCCCAGGAGCUAUGGCAGAAACUAUGGCAGAAACUAUUGCGCGCACGCACGUGUACAGCACCUGCAGCCUGGAGAGCCCGCGCUGGUUUGGGGAGAGCCCUGUCCCGGGCAGGGCGCGCGCAGAGGCGUUCCUUCAGCAGGGCUACACAACAGCAAAGCCACGGAGCCUCAAGCAGCCACGGCAGCACUGUGUUACCCGGAGGGUUUGGAAUCCAGCCCACGCGGCAGACUCGGAAGAGAGCGAUAACAGUACCACUUUUUGACUCCGUCUGCUCAUAAUACCGAAGGUUUUUAGAAAUGUGAACUGCUGUGCCGGACCCCUUUACUGCACUUUCCAGACUUAUCACCACCUCAAGAUAGCCCCGAUGCUUACGUGUAGACUACAUUUGGUUCACGGGCAACAUUGUUGCAGAUGGAUAUAAAACGACUAUCCAACAAGUGAAACCAGAAAGGUUUUUUCUCGCGAUUAAUUCUCGUGAUUAACCUCGACAUGGACGGAGCACGAACUGAGAACCCGGGGGAGCCUAUCAACAGCAGCGUGGAAGAGGAGAACUACCGAGCUCUCGUCUACGACACGGCACUCAGCACUUUCCUGGCGGUGGUAGUGUACGUGGUAGUCAAAGUAGGCUUAGAUCGGAUUAGACAAUGGCGAGCUCGGAUAUCGGUUCUGAUCGUGGGUUCCGGUCCUGUUGGUCUGACCGCCGCGUUGGUCGCUGUUCGCUCGGGAAAGGUGCUGAAACUCACGGUAUUGGAUGAGCGCUACAGGACCGCACUGCUGUGCAGACCGCAGCAGAUCGCACUGGACCCCCGCAGCGUCAGGUUCCUGUUAGGCUUGGGAGUGGACUUUGAUAACAUGGAGGGGUGCUGGCACAACGACCACUUCUUCACUAAAAUCGGCGUGUUCCAGGAGUAUCUCCUCAGCAUUUUGGAGCAAAAGAAACAAAAGAUCGAUGUUAAAGUUCACUUGGGAACAAAGUUCUCGGAGGACUACCUGCGGCGGAUCCCGUGUGGGCAGUGGCCGCGGGUGAUUGUGGUAGCGGACGGCUCUUGUGGAGACUCCUGCUCCGUGCUGGGCAUCAGCUCUGACUACAUCGUGGAGUCCUGCCACGCCUACGGAGCCAAUGCCACCAUUGAGAGGCUGGACCAGCGGCAGGUCCCCACCCCUGAGAUCAAGGCUCACAACCUGUACUUUGACCUCUCUGCGUACGGGGACGUCCUGAAGGAGCCGCGGAGCUCCAGCCACACCACAGCCAAACCAGGCUUCCAUCUCAAGAUCUAUGGAACAUUCCGGAACCGCUACAUGGCACUGGCCUGCACGGCGGCCGACAGCAAGAUGCUGCGCUUCCUGCGUCACACAAGUAACUCCUCGAUCAUGAAGAACAUCUUCCACCAGUCGUUUAACGCAUAUAAGAUGGACAUCGAGCCGCGGCUGAGCGAGGUCACCCUGCACCGCAUGCAGUGCAGCAGGAAGCUGUUUGAGGUCAUGCUGUCGCAGCGGCGCGUCAACGCAGCCUACAUCGAGGGCGACAACGUGGCUGUGACUGUGGAGGGGGAAGCAGCGCGCGUGCUGAACUUUGACACAGGCUGCGGUGUGAACCUGGGCAUGAGGGGCCUGGAGGCCUUGGGGACGUUCAUCUACAGCACGGCCACGGCUCAGGACCAGAACGACGUCUUCGAUGCGCUCGCCGCCAAGAUCCAGCACUCCAAACAGGUGGCUGAAACUUUCCGACAAACAGGGCUGCCUUCAACCAUGUUCGAAUGAUGUGUGUGAAAUCUCUCUCUGUGUGUGUGUGUGUGUGUGUGUGUGUGUGUGUGUGUGUGUGUCUGUGUUUGCAAGGGAAGAUAAGAGACACAGAAGGCGUUGUAAAAGAAGGGUGGCCCAAGGUCUGAUGGGAAAUUGUAUUGUGACUGCCACUUUGGCCUUUGUUUUUGGUUGGUGUACCUCGUGCCAAACACAUACCAAACCUCUGUAUUGUAAAUGUGUUGGUUCUUUGUUUCAAAAUCUUUGAUAUUGUUUUGACACAUACAGUUAUUGUACCACUGAAUAAUUUUGACCAGGUAAAGUGAAUGUAAUUGAGGCUUGUCAGCUCUGUUUGCUGACACUAAUAAAUGCAGUUUGUCAGUGCCAAAUACAUGUGAAAGUGAAGGUGGUUUAAAUGUUUUAUACAUAUACCACAUUCUCAAGGCCUUGUUAAUCUCCCCUGAAUUUGUAUAAUUUCACAAAUGCUGACCAUGCCUUGAACUGAAAUGAAAUUGAUGGGAAGCGAUGUUCGGUGUGGAAUAAAUCUUAAGUCAAGCAAAAGUAGAUAACCAUGCUUCAUACGACCCUCCUGAAGCUGGUGAUGUUGCUGGAUGGGGAGCUCUAUGAGGGCCUGUGCCAGUAGACUUGCCUCUUCAGUGUGACGUUACAGAACCCUCUCAGAGACUCUCUCAGAAUAGCCCUGGCAGAAGCCUAGCAAAUGAUGUCCUUGAUGACAGUGUAUAAAUAAAAAAGUGGAUGUUUCUAUCGA